AUGGCCACGGUGGUGCCGCGCGUCCGUGGAGGGGCGCAGCUCCGCCCGCGACGCAUUAGGGCGGCGAGGCCACGGCAGCAGCCUGUGCGGCCAUGGAGAACCCGCGACCUAGGCGGCCGGAUGCGGUGGCGUUUGAUGGUGCUGCUGCUCAAGGUGCACCGCGCCGCGGGGAAGCUCAUGGGCGCCGCCUCCGCUGCGCUGUCCGUCGCCGCCGCCGCGCGGAGGUGGGUGGCGGCGGGGCGAACCGACACCGACGCAGGCGCCGCGUCGCACGAGGAGAGCCCCGCUGUGUGCACUAGGUUCUACGGCUUCCUCUGCACCUCCCUCGUGCUCUCCAUGCUCCUCCUCGCCGCCGACGUCGCCGCGCACCUCCAGGGCUGGCACCUCGCCGUCGACGUCCCUGACUUGCUCGCUGUCAAGGGCCUCUUCUCCGCCGGGUACGCGCCCUGGAGGCCGAAGGACGCAAGGAGCGACGGUGUGGCCGACGGCGUGCGACGGUGUGGCGGGCGCGGCGGCGUGGGGGAGGAGGAGGUCCGGGGCGGCGCGGAGGAGGAGGUGGUGUGGGAGGAAGGCGUUGCCAGCGCGCGAGGCCUCCUACCGGCUGCCUCGAUUGCUCCGGGGGCGAUGGCCGACGGGAUGGGGAGGGAGGCCGCGGCUGCCGUAGUGGCGGUGGAGCUGGAGGAUUCGACCGAGCGGAAGGUGAGGGAAGGAGACGGGCGGUCACCGUAUCGUUUCACCGAGGCCACGGAGUGCUGA